AUGUCAGAACAUGAAGGCAAUGUUUCUUUGUGCUCUCUUUUUAAAACUUUUACGGAAGAGUUAGAAGAAUUAGAAGACAAUGAAUACAGUGAUAAUAUUAAUAAAAACAAUGUAGAUAGUGAUAAUGUAGAUGGCGAAAAUAAGUUUCUUAACCCUUGUACUGAUUUAAAUGAACGCAAUCUUAGUUUUUUACAUAAAAUACUUGAAGGUAAUGAUGAAAUUAGUAGUUCUAAUUCAGAUAGUUAUAAAAAUGAAACAGAAUUAGACUUUGAAAGUGCAGAUAAUAGUGGGGAUGAAAGUGAGGAAAUACAAUUUUCUUAUAAUAAUGAAUUUGACAAAAUUAUACCAAUUUUAGAACAAAAAGAAUUGAUUGCAUGUGUAGUAAUUAAUUUGAUUAAUGCUAAAUUACCUCAAACUCAACAGAAUAUUUCACAAGCAAGUGGAUCUAAUAACCAGGUGGAUAAUUUAGAAUUAAAUAAUCAAGUGAGACAAAAACGAAGACAAACAACUCCCGAAAAAGAAAAAAUACUUAAAGAGUUGUUAGUUUACAAAGAAGAACUGCCAGAUACAGCUAUUAAUGAGGUUUCAGUAGGCUUAGUGAGCUUUCAAGCUAUUGGACUAAAACUAAAAUUAAAGCAACAUAGAGAUAUCGUAAAACUAAAAGUUAGCAUUAUUAUUAAAACUCAAGAAACAAAAAUUCAUUAA